UCACACACACACACACACACACACACACACACACACACACACACACACACACACACACACACACACACACACACACACACACACACACACACACAUUCAUUCACUGAUGCGUUUAUGUUCAACCUACUGAGGAAACAGGCAGUUUGGUUUCUGUGACCCUUCAUCCCACAGUCAGAUCUGUGAUCGGUGAGUUUAACAACGACUCUAUUGUCCAACCAGAGCUGCUGCUGCUGCUGCUGCUGCUGCUGCUGCUCCAACUUCGCAACCAGCAAACUAACGGACCUCCUGCUCCACACACAGUGAGUUCUAACUGUUGGAUGUAAAACGCGCGGUUGACUGGCCUGAAGUUGUUUCCCCAGGAGGUUGUUCCUGCAGAGUCACGUGCAAGAGCGGAGCCGAGCGGAGUGGGACGGACUUGGAUGUUACUCAGGAUCUCCCGAUGCAGCAGCAGUAAAGAUCCACAAUCACAUCAGCAAAGAAAGCACCAUGGCCAAGAAACUAUGUGGGACCAACUACCCGACCAGCAUCUGCUUCAUAGUGGUGAAUGAGUUCUGUGAACGCUUCUCCUACUAUGGCAUGAAAGCCGUGCUGACGCUCUAUUUCCUCAACUACUUCCACUGGGACAAAGACCUCUCCACCGCAGUCUACCACGCCUUCAGCAGCCUCUGCUACUUCACACCCAUCCUGGGAGCGCUCAUCGCCGACUCCUGGCUCGGAAAAUUCAGGACCAUCAUCUACCUCUCCAUCGUCUAUGUGAUCGGCCAUGUGGUCAAGUCGGUCGGAGCCAUUCCCACUGUGGGAAACACCAAUGUGCACAUUGCUCUGUCCGUGGUCGGUCUUAUACUCAUCGCCUUCGGCACCGGAGGAAUCAAACCGUGCGUGGCAGCAUUCGGAGGAGACCAGUUUGACGAGGAGCACGUCAGCGAGAGGCAGAAAUUCUUCUCCAUUUUCUACAUGUCAAUUAACGCUGGUAGCCUCCUGUCGACUGUGAUCACACCCAUACUGAGAGGGGAUGUGCAGUGUUUCGGUGGCGACUGCUACGCUCUGGCCUUCGGGGUUCCUGCCGUUCUGAUGAUCGUGGCUUUAGUUGUUUUCAUUGCUGGCAGCGGGAUGUACAAGAGGAAUCCUCCCCAGGGAAACAUCCUGUUGGAAGUCUGCAAUUGCAUUGGAUUUGCCAUCAAGAGCCGCUGGAGGAGCUCAAAGUACGUCCCCAAGAGGAAGCACUGGCUGGACUGGGCUGAGGAGAAGUACUCGAAGCGUCUGAUCCAGGAGAUAAAGAUGGUGCUGCGGGUGCUGGUGCUCUACAUCCCACUGCCCAUGUUCUGGGCUCUGUUCGAUCAGCAGGGUUCCCGUUGGACGCUUCAAGCCACGAGGAUGAACAUGGCUGUUGGAGGUUCCUUCAUUAUUAAGCCGGACCAAAUGCAGAUGAUGAACGCUCUGCUGAUUCUUCUCUUUGUGCCCAUCUUUGACCUCAUCAUCUAUCCGCUCAUCGGCCUCUGCAGAAUCCACCUCACGCCUCUAAAGAAAAUGGCUGCAGGGAUGGUUUUUGCAGCGCUGGCCUUCGGAGCGGCCACACUGGUGGAGGUGAACGUCGUGAAAACAGUGGUGGAUCCUGCACCCUCAGGGAAAUGUCUCGUGCAGACCUUAAACCUGGCAGGAGGUGAUGUCAUGGUGGAUUUUCCUGGCAGUGACCUGUUUAAAGAGCCGAUCCCAUACCUUCAGGACCCUCCUCAAUAUGAAACACUUCCACUGGGGUCGUCCAGCAAAGAACUGACAAUUCAAGUCACUUUGAAUGGAGAAACUUCAGCGUGCAACCAGACGUUUGAACAACAAAAGGCCUACACCCUCAUCAUCUACUCCCAAACUACAGGAAUCCAGUGCAAACUCGUGAAUGACUCCAUUAAGAAAAAUGAAAAUGGGAAUCCUUCUCUGAGGUUUCUCAACACGCAGCCAACAGAAAUGAACCUAACUGUGGGAGACGUGACUUUCCACGUGGCCCCCGGUUACAGCAUCACCCCAGACAAGGCUGUGGAGCGGGGAGAAUACCCAUAUGUAAGCUGCAGCCCCCAGUCAGAGAAUUGCUCUGAGUUUAACCUGGGCGUCUUGGACUUUGGAGCUUCCUACACCGUCAUACUCACUGAGGAAUCAGGUCAAAUUGCAGCCAACAGGGUGGAAGACGUGAGAGCCAACAACGUGAACAUUGCCUGGCAGAUCCCCCAGUACGUGCUCAUAACGGCUGGAGAGGUCAUGUUCUCCAUUACAGGCCUGGAGUUCUCCUACUCACAGGCUCCGGCCAACAUGAAGUCAGUCCUGCAGGCCGGCUGGCUGCUCACCGUCGCGUUUGGGAACGUGAUAGUGCUGAUUGUGGCAGAGGGUGCGGGACUGGAACAGUGGAAGGAGUUCCUGCUGUUUGCCGGCCUGCUGUUGGGCGUCUGCAUCAUCUUCUCCUUCAUGUCCUACUUCUACACCUACGUUGACCCUGAUCAGGUGGAGAAGUUGUACCUGGACGACUCAGGGAAGGAGGGAGACGACGAUGACAAGAUGAAGAAAAAAUCCAACGACAUAGACCUGAACAAGACGGGGAAGACCACCAAAUUAUAAUCGUGCCACAUAACAAAGGUAGUGAGCCGAACUUGUCGGGAUGCUGGGGCUGCUUACCAACUCAAUCCAGGAGUUGACGCUAACAGUGACGGGAUCCACUGACUCCACGUAGUGCCACCAGUGUCUGGGAACAUAAAGCACCUGAGGAAAGAAGAUAAAAUGGAUUCACAGUUCAGAGACGUCACCAACUCCUCUCCUCUUUGUCUUCAGGCCUGAGAUUUCAUUACUUGUUUGAUUGUCCACUAGAUGGCAGCAUACACCGUCAUCCCUGGAUGUUGGUUCACCCAUUCAUAAAGUGACUAUUUAAACGGAGAGUCUUAUUGAUUCUCUGCCUCGUCAGCAGUCUUGAUUCAUUCAUGGACAGUUGGUGGAGCCAUUUUUAUACAACUAUCCAUUCUGUGUCAACAGCUAUAGUAUUUACAAGUGUCUGGUGAAACAACCACCUAUGGCUUUCAACGGUUUGUAAAUCCCAGCUCAUUGAUUGUGACAAAGGCUGUGAGAUAGUGCUGUUGGUAGAUCUGGAAGCCAGAAAACUGACCUUCUUCCUUACGAUUCGAUUGAAUCAUGAAAUCAAUUACUGGGACACUUAAGUUAAAUAGAGCCAUUGUUGCUGUUAUCAGGAACAUCUGGGCCUUUUCUAAUGUGAAAAAAGGUCUAGACAGCUGUGCUCAAAAUCACUCAAGACCUUUGACCCUGGGAUCCACGUAAAGGUUGAGCCUGAAUAUAACUGAAUAUCUCCGGGGUCUGCUAGCUGUUCGCUAGCAAAGCUGUGAGAAGAAAUCUGGUGAUCCUACAGAUUUUAAAACAUUCUCAAUGAUUCCUGUGAUGUCGUUAACAAACCCUAAUGACAAAGUAAUGGCAUUGACUAUUAUAAUUAACUAUGAAUAAAAAUAAAACACAAAUGUAUUUAUAGCUUGAAUUAAGAAAAUACAUAGGGUUAGGCUAAUCUGUAUCCUGUAAAAUAAAAGUUUUCAUAUCUUCAUAAGUCUGUAAAAGGCAGAUUUUUUACAGGCUUACAGACAAGUCAGUCAUGCUCUAGAACAAAAACACCCUGGAAGACUUGAAACUAUUUUUGAAGUAGUCUCUGAAAACCAGGGCAGCUUCUGGUUGCACAACCUCUCAGUCAUAACUGUGCCUACUCUGAACUCACCUGCUUGGAAAGCAGUACUGAGGACGGGGACUUGAGUGAUCAGUCAGUCGAUCUACUGAACCACACGUGAUCCUGUAAAUUCUCUGCUUGAUAAGACGUCAGGAGUGAUGACCUGAACCUUCCACUCCAUUUAAUAUAAAACCUCCAAGCUGCUGAAGGUGAAACACUGGAACUGAGGAGGCCUGAAUUUAAUUGCAACACAAGUCACGACCAUUGCCUUACUUCAGGCUUUUACGGUGGACAGCACGACAAAUAAAUCUCACAGUUGAGUCUACUUUUACAUGUUGUGAGCUUAAGGACCAAUAAAGCUAUAUUUUAUGGUUAUUGCUUCUGUGUCAAAAGCAGUUUAUCUCAUGAAUGUAGAGUGACAGUAUUGCAUAAGAUCAAACAUCAGUAAAUCACUCACACUAGGUUUUCAGUGCCUUGUAGAUAUGAGCAAGAUUUUUCGAUUUUUUCCCAUACAAUUAAGAAUGAUUCAAUUCAAAAGGCAUUUUCAACUUCCAACUUAACAGAACAAAAAU